AUGACGGCACAGAAAAGCGUCUUUUCAAGACACAAAUAUUUAACUGCAUUAGGAUUUAUUGUGGUGAUUGGUGUUGUUGUUGGAAUGGGUAAGUGCGUGAGUCCAAGAACAUUCACCAUUGAUCAUGAAAAUGACGUUUUUCUCAAAGACGGAAAACCUUUUCGAUUUGUUGCCGGAAGUUUUCAUUAUUUCCGUGCUUUACCGGAAACAUGGAGAGAGAAAAUGAAAACGUUUCGUGCUGGAGGUUUAAAUGCUGUUGACUUGUACAUUCAAUGGUCGCUUCAUAAUCCAAAGGACGGCGAAUAUCAUUGGGAUGGAAUAGCGAAUGUUGAACAAGUUGUACAAAUAGCAACAGAAGAAGAUCUUUACGUCAUUCUUAGACCUGGUCCUUACAUCUGUGGAGAAAUUGACAACGGUGGUCUUCCUUACUGGUUAGCAACAAAAUAUCCAAACAUUAAAGUUCGAACUUAUGAUCCAGACUAUAUAAGAGAAGUCGAGAAAUGGUAUUCGAAGUUAAUGCCACAAUUUACAAAACAUUUCUAUGGCAAUGGCGGCAACAUUAUCAUGGUUCAACUUGAAAACGAAUAUGGAGCGUUCGGUGCGUGCGAUGUUGAAUACAAGAACUAUUUACGUGUUGAAACUUUCAAAUAUACUGGCAACAACGCAGUUUUGUUUACAACUGAUCGACCAAUCGACGAUGAACUGACAUGUGGAUUCACUGAAGGUGCUUUCGCCACAACUGACUUUGGAAUUGCAAAUUUAAGUCAAAUUGAGUACAAUUUUGGGAAGCUUCGUGAAGUUCAACCAACUGGACCAUUGAUGAACACAGAAUUCUAUACUGGAUGGUUGACACAUUGGCAAGAACCAAAUGCAAGACGAAGUGCAAAAGAUUUAGCUGACACUUUAAAUAUUAUGUUGACAAUGAAAGCAAAUGUUGACUUUUAUAUGUUCUUUGGUGGAACAAAUUUCGGCUUUUGGGCUGGUGCAAAUGAUUGGGGAAUUGGACGAUACAUGGCUGACAUUACCAGCUAUGAUUAUGACGCUCCAAUGGAUGAAGCUGGAAAUCCAACUGAAAAAUAUAUGAUGUUCCGCGACGUCAUUGCAAAGCACAUUGAAGUUCCUGACAUAUCGACUGUUCCAACAAUGAAACGAACAAUGGCAUUGACAGCUAUCACUAUGAAACCAAUUGUAUCGAUCUUAUCAACAGUUGGAAGAGAUCAGUUAGGAACACGUCCAUUCACUUCAAAUCGUUUAUGGACAUUUGAACAACUUGAUCAAUUCUCUGGAUUUGUUUUAUAUGAAACGGAAUUGCCAGAAUUUACAAGAGAUCCAGCGAAUCUUGUUGUGACAAAUUUAAGAGAUCGUGCAUUAAUCUACAUCGACGAUGAGUUUGUUGGUGCUUUGUCACGUGAGAAUUACAUCAACACAAUUCCUAUAAGUGCUGGUUAUGGAUCGAAACUUUCAAUUCUUGUUGAGAAUCAAGGACGAAUUAAUUUCCAAAUUGCUGAUGAUUAUAAGGGAAUUUUGGGAAGUGUUCGUAUUCAAAAUUUCCAUCCAACACAAUCAACAUACACAACACUCAACAGUUGGACAAUUACAGGUUUUCCAUUUGAAACUUCUGUAAAGUUGGAACAUCUCGCAAGAACUGUCGGUGAAUCUUACAAUAUAAAUGCUGAUGGUAAUCUAUACGAUGGGCCAGUAAUAUUCGAUGGUGAAUUUGAAAUAUCAUCAAAUGAAGUAAUUCACGACACUUAUUGGGACGCCAAAGGAUGGGGAAAGGGUUUUGUCUUUAUAAAUGGAUUUAAUUUAGGACGUUAUUGGCCAUUGAUGGGACCACAAAUAACCAUGUACAUUCCAGGACAUUUACUACAUCAUGGUUGGAAUCAAAUUCAAAUUGUUGAAUUACAAAAAGUUCCAGCAAAUCUUAAAAUGAAUUUUGUCAACGGACCCAUUUUUAUUAAUGACGAGAAAAGUAUUGUCGUGAAAAUGAAGCGUUCAGAAGCUUUAAUUUUGGUUAGCUUAUCAUUAAUAUUCAGCUCAUGUUGGGCGCAGAUGAGAAAAUUUGAGAUCGAUUAUGAAAGAAACACUUUUGUUAAAGAUGGAGAAGAUUUUCGUUAUGUUGCUGGAAGUUUUCAUUAUUUUCGUGCUCUACCUGAGACAUGGGCUGAUAAAUUAAGAAUAUUACGUGCUGGUGGAUUAAAUGCUGUUGAUAUUUACAUUCAAUGGUCGCUUCAUAAUCCAAAAGAUGGAGUUUAUAACUGGGAGGGAAUUGCCGAUAUUGAAGAAUUUGUUCGUCUUGCAACAGAAGAAGGACUUUACAUAAUUCUACGGCCCGGUCCUUACAUCUGUGCAGAAAUUGACAACGGUGGACUUCCUUACUGGUUAGAGACUAAAUAUCCAGGAAUUCAAGUGAGAACUGAUGAUGAAAACUACUUUGAUGAAGUCCGCAAAUGGUAUGAAGCAUUAAUGCCAAAGUUUGACAAAGAUCUUUAUGGAAAUGGUGGCAACAUUAUCAUGGUUCAAGUUGAGAAUGAAUAUGGAGCUUAUAAAGUGUGCAAUCAAAGAUAUAAAGAAUUUUUAAGAGAUGAAACUCUGAAGUAUACUGGCGAUAAUGCACUUUUAUUCACAACUGAUCGACCAAUUGACAAUGAACUCCAAUGUGGAUUAAUUGAAAACGUUUUCGCUACAACAGAUUUUGGCAUUGCAAAUCCAGAUGAAGUUGCGUAUAAUUUCGGGAAAUUAAGAGAAGUUCAACCAACUGGGCCACUUGUUAAUUCAGAAUUCUAUACUGGAUGGUUGACACAUUGGCAAGAACCAAAUGCAAGACGAAGUGGUUACGAGUUAGCAACAACAAUGCGAACAAUGCUUGAAGCACCUUACAAUGCAAAUGUUAAUUUUUAUAUGUACUUUGGUGGAACAAAUUUCGGAUUUUGGGCUGGUGCAAAUGAUUGGGGAAUUGGAAAGUACAUGGCUGAUAUUACAAGCUAUGAUUACGACGCUCCAAUGGAUGAGCGUGGUGAAGCUACUACAAAAUAUUACUUAUUUAGGAAUGUGAUUGGAGAGUAUUUACCAUUGACUCCUGUCGCUCUACCUGAUCCAUCUAAAAAGACAAAAUAUUCGUCAUUCAGUGUCAAAGGAACAAGCAACAUAUUCACAGAAACAGCAAGAACUCAAUUAGCAUCAGAAAAGAUUGAAUCGGGAGGAAAGCUUUUAACAUUUGAAGAACUUGAUCAAUUUUCCGGAUUUGUUCUUUACGAAGCAAAUUUGCCGUCAUUAACACGAGAUCCAUCAAAUUUGUAUGUUGCAAAACUCAGAGAUCGAGCACAAAUUUAUAUUGAUGGAAAAUAUGCUGGUGUACUUUCAAGAGAAAAUAAUAUUUAUUCGAUGCCAAUUUCAGCUAGUUAUGGCAAAAGAAUUCAUAUUUUUGUUGAGAAUCAAGGAAGAAUCAACUUCCAAGAGAACUUUGACCUUAAAGGAAUAUUAGGAAACGUUACAGUGCAGACUUUUGAUGAGCCUUACUAUGAAGAGUUGACUGAUUGGACAAUCACUGGAUAUCCGUUUGAUGAUUAUUCUAAAAUUGAAAACUUUAUAGCAUCUGAUGAGUCAGCGCCUCAGAUAUACAAAAAUGGGUGGUUAAGAGAAGGCCCAGCACUUUAUCACGGUGAUUGGAUUAUCCCUGAAGGAACUGAAAUUGCUGAUACAUGGUGGGAUACCGUAGGGUGGGGAAAAGGAGUUUUGUUUGUUAAUGGAUUUAACUUGGGCCGCUACUGGCCUUUGGCAGGACCACAAAUGACAAUGUAUAUUCCUAAAGUUCUUUUACGAGAAGGUGUCAACUCUUUUGUCAUUCUUGAACAACAAAAAGCACCAGCUGAUUUAAGCAUUAACUUUGUUGAUGAACCAAGUUUUUCGGAAGAUUAGAUAAUGAAGAAUUCCUUCUUAUUAAUGUUCGCCAUAUUUUAGCUGGUUAGAAAAUUGAAUGAAAUUUGGUAUAAUUUGAAAUAGAUAAUGUUGGUUCAAUAAAAUUUAAAAGUUUGAAACACUUUUGCACAAUAAAACGUUUUACUAUCAUCAC